CCCGCGGGGUGGGCAAAGCGGGCGCGGGAUUGGCCCGGGCGCGCCGUCACGUGAGCCAGGCGGGGCCGGCGACGGGCGUAUUGUGGUGGAGGGGCUCCGCUUGUCAGACAGGAUAACCGGAAGAGGGAAUUGAAAGUGCUGGACGAAGGACCACGGCACAAGUGUUGGAAAAAAAUUUGUGGGAAGAAAACUUUUUUUAAAGAUGUGUUGACCAGAAGAAUCUCUCACUAGUGGCCCUUGAAAAUCUAGUGCCUUAUAAAAGAUGGGGUUUGGAAGUGACCUGAAGUAUUCUCAUGAAGCAUUGGUAAAACUGCAAGAUUGGGAAUUACGGCUGCUAGAAACGGUGAAGAAAUUUAUGGCCAUGAGAAUAAAAAGUGACAAGGAAUAUGCAUCCACUUUACAGAAUCUUUGCAAUCAGGUUGAUAAAGAGAGUACUUCACAACUGGAUUAUGUUAGUAAUGUAUCUAAGUCCUGGCUGCUCAUUGUGCAGCAAACGGAACAGCUUAGCAAGAUCAUGAAAACGCAUGCAGAAGACUUGAAUGCUGGGCCAUUACAUAGACUUACCAUGAUGAUCAAAGAUAAGCAACAAAUCAAGAAGAGUUACAUAGGUGUUUACCAGCAAAUUGAGGCAGAGAUGUUCAAGGUUACAAAAACAGAGUUGGAAAUAAAAUCUACUUAUAGACAAUUAAUUAAGGAAGUAAAUUCUGCAAAAGAGAAGUAUAAGGAAGCUCUGUCUAAAGGAAAGGAGACUGAAAAAGCCAAAGAACGUUACGAUAAAGCUACUAUGAAACUCCACAUGUUGCACAAUCAGUAUGUGUUGGCGCUGAAAGGAGCACAGUUACACCAGCACCAGUAUUAUGACGCUACACUUCCUCUGUUCCUUGACUCCUUGCAGAAGAUGCAAGAAGAAAUGGUUAAAGCACUAAAAGGUAUCCUUGAAGAAUACAGUCAGAUCACCAGUCUUGUAACAGAAGAAAUAGUGAAUGUUCAUAAAGAGAUCCAAACAUCUGUUGAACAGUUAGACCCUGGUUCUGAGUACAGUAGUUUCAUAGAGGCUCACAGGACACCAGAUGUUGCGCAACAAGAAAUAGAAUUUGAUACAUCUUUAUUGGAAGAAAAUGAAAAUCUUCAAGCUAAUGAGAUUAUGUGGAAUAAUUUAACAGCUGAAAGUUUGCAAACUAUGUUGAAAACAGUAGUAGAAGAGCUGAUUCAGACACAGCAGACACUUCUAAACAAGGAAGAGCUAGUAUUGGAAUUAGAAAAAAAGAUAGAAGAAUCUUCUAAGAUCUGUGAGAGGAAAUCUGAUGUUGUGCUUCUAUUAAGCCAGAAACAGACACUGGAAGAAUUGAAGCAAACGGUUCAGCAAUUGAGAUGCACUGAAGUCAAGUUUGCUGCCCAGAAGGAACUUCUAGAACAAAAAGUGCAAGAAAAUGAUGGGAAAGAACCGCCACCUGUUGUAAACUAUGAGGAGGAUGCCAGAUCAGUUUCUUCAAUGGAUAAGAAAGAUAAAGUUUCCCGGUUUGAUACCAUUCGGCACUCCAUUGCUGGAAUGAUAAGAUCUCCAAAGUCUAUGUUGGGCUCUUCAUCGUUCUUUGAUGUAAUAUCAACCAGCGAGAAACCUCUGGCAGACCAAGAUUGGUAUCAUGGUGCAAUCCCAAGAAUAGAAGCUCAAGAGUUAUUAAAGCAGCAAGGAGACUUCUUGGUGCGAGAGAGUCAUGGCAAGCCUGGUGAAUACGUCCUUUCUGUGUUUUCAGAUGCGCAACGGAGACACUUCAUCAUACAAUAUGCUGAUAAUCAGUAUCGAUUUGAAGGGACGGGGUUUUCAACUAUUCCUCAGCUUAUAGAACAUCAUUACACAACGAAACAGGUGAUUACAAAGAAAUCAGGUGUCGUUCUGCUGAAUCCUGUUGUUAAGGAUAAAAAAUGGAUUCUCAAUCAUGAAGAUGUCACACUGGGAGAAUUACUGGGCAAAGGUAAUUUUGGUGAAGUAUAUAAGGGAAUAUUGAAAGAUAAAACUCCGGUUGCUGUGAAGACAUGUAAAGAAGACCUUCCCCAGGAGCUGAAAAUAAAGUUUUUAUCAGAGGCCAGAAUACUCAAACAGUAUGACCAUCCGAAUGUGGUAAAGCUUAUAGGAGUUUGCACUCAAAGGCAACCUAUAUAUAUCGUUAUGGAGCUUGUUCCAGGAGGUGAUUUCCUCUCUUUUUUAAGAAAGAAGAAGGAUGAGCUAAAAACCAAGCAGCUAGUGAAAUUUUCAUUAGAUGUUGCUGCUGGGAUGGCGUAUCUCGAAUCCAAAAACUGUAUACACAGGGACCUUGCUGCAAGGAACUGCCUUGUAGGAGAAAACAAUGUCCUGAAAAUUAGCGACUUUGGAAUGUCUCGUCAAGAAGAUGAUGGAGUAUAUUCAUCUUCAGGAUUAAAACAGAUUCCCAUCAAAUGGACUGCUCCAGAGGCUUUAAACUAUGGGCGAUACACAUCUGAAAGUGAUGUGUGGAGUUAUGGAAUUUUCCUCUGGGAGACCUUCAGUUUAGGUGUCUGUCCAUACCCAGGAAUGACUAAUCAGCAAGCACGGGAACAAGUGGAGAAAGGUUAUCGAAUGUCAGCACCUCAGAAGUGCCCAGAGGAAAUCUAUAAAAUAAUGCAACGGUGUUGGGAUUACAAUCCUGAAAUGAGACCGAAAUUCAGCGAAAUUCACAAAGAGCUCUCCGCAUUGAAAAAGAAAGUGGCCUCAUGAGAAGUUAACAGGACUCAAAACUAGAGGACUCUUUUCUCUUUUCCCAGAAAAGUAAUAUUUUAUGUCAUGAACACUACACUUUUAUACAUUUCUUUCAAUAUUCUUCUAGAAUUCUUUUUUAAAAACAAACAAAACGGUUUGUAUUCAAGUGUGCCAGGCUGAAAAUGUCAAAGAUAUCUAUGUUAAAGAGAGAGCUCUGCCAAAUGCUUUAUAUCUGAUCACAGUGAUGCUGUCAUUUAGGUUAUAUGUAAAUAGACAACAUAUAGUAUGUGUAUAGGUUUUGUGUUUUUUUAAAAGAACUCUGGCUGCUUUCUAUUAGCGAGAUAACUCCCUAAUCUUUUUUUUCUGGGCUUUACCUCUGCUUUGAUUCCAAGUCCACACAGUGCAUGCCAGGUGGUUUAUGCACGAAGGCAGGCACAUUUUUGUUACCUCCGUUUAAAAGAAUAUACAAUAUAAUGCUCUGAAAACAAACAAAAAUACCAGCUAACACAGCCUUGGAUUUAUGUGUAUUCUUAAUUUGAACAGUUUGAUUACAGAAUGGAACUGCAUGCAUAUAUUUCUAGCAGAUAUUUCAUGACAGUAAAUAUUCCCUAUACCCCUUCAAUUUUUUAAACCAAGAAAAAGUAGGCACAAUUCACAAAGCGCAAAUCUAUAUGGUCUGGCUGUUAUGGGGGGGGGGUGGAGCACAGAAUAAAUCCAGAUGUGAGCCUUAUGUAUGAUGCAUCUAUCAGGAAAACACUGUAGAUGAUCUGUUUUUCAGAAGGAUGAGCUGCAGCAGUGCAUAGUUGUUCUUGAAUGUGUGCAUUCAGAAGUGCUGUCUGCAAGAAACAUGUUUGAGAAGGAGAGUGGCAUAUCAUGAAGGUAACCAGUAACACUGAAUUUGGAUGGGGAAGGGGAAGUGACUUACUCAAUUGAUCUUUGGAAGAUUUGUGAAUUGAUGUUCCUGUUCAAUAUGCAGCUGAAGCAAAGAAAAAAGGAAGAAAUGUAUUUCAUGUACACUUUCCAAAGGGGGAAUGUAUUUUUCAGUAGCAGGGAGCAGGGGGUGGGAUCCUAAUGGCGGGGAAACUAACAAGGAAAUGUUAUCUUCUGUAUAUAGUAUCUGGCACACUGAACAAACUACAAAGUCGAAACAUUAAGUUAAGUUCCCUAAUUAUGCUCUGAUUCUGCUGGGUUUAUUCAGUUGACAAAUUGCAAACUCCAAAAUGACAAAUGAGCAUCAACAUAUUAUUUCCAAGGUCUCCUACAAUUAGACCCUUUCCGGGCUAUUGUGUAAGUUGAUGGUAUGAUCCUGACCUCUUGGAUCUUCAGUUGAUGGGUCUUGUUGCAGGAGUUUCAACUUGUGCUGAAGAGGCAGCAAAAUGAUGGCCACAGUGUGUCGGCACAUUGAUCGUUUCCAGCCCAGGGAAUGGAGAUGAGGAAAUUAAAAAGCGUUUUGAGCCUCAAAACGGUAUUCUUUUGUACAGUAGGACCAAGAUGUAGGUGAAGUCUUUGACUGCUUUACAUGUUACCUGUUUGGCUGACCCUGCUGGCCAGAACACAUUUGCUCUUCUGUGUGUGUGUUUUUGUGAUAGUACAGAGUGGUGAUGUUGGGCAAGGUAAAGUAUACUUGUAGUCUAGAAAAGUUGAUGUCAUUAACAUGAUGAUAACUUUAAUUGUUGGAUUAAACAGUGGAGUCCAUUGUAGAUGGACUUGUUAGCAGUCUAGCACAGGGGUUUCCAGGUGAUUCUUGCCUUAUUACACCUUACUACACCAGGACUGGUCAAUGAGUUCAGAAUCUAAUGGACAAGGAGAGGGGGUGGGAAGAAAAUACAGUGUUGCAUAGCUUAGCCUGGCAGUUUCUUUAUUUAGCAGUGGGCAUGUGCUGAUCUUUGUUCAACACAAAUAGGAAAUACUAUAUUAGUUAAUUAUGGUGACCCUAAAGGGAUCCACAACAGUGUGCCUUAAUUCAUUGGCAUUGUUAUCUAAAAUGCACAAGGUCUGAAUGCUAUCACCACAUGGGAGAAAACACCACCAAUCGCCUAGCAUUAGGUCUUCAUCUAUGCAUUCACGUAAGGGCAAGAAUGUACCUUCUUUUAUUCACUGUGUUCUUAAUUUUUGUCUUAAGUGUUAAUAUUUUUAUAUACGAGAGACUAUACCAUUUCUUUAAAGUCUUCUGAAUGUACUCUUGUCUUUCAGCAAUGAAAAGGACAGCUCUUUGUCUUAAUUCAAUUAGCAGGACUUUCUGUCCUGUUCUUGUACAGAUGUAAAGGAUAAACACUAUUUAUAUUUCAUUUAUGUAAGCAGAUUUGCAAUUCAUGUCAGACUGCUGCUCAAAUUGAAAACCAUUUUCCAAACAUGGGAUACCAGUAGCAUUUAGAAUUUGUUCUGGCUGUCCUAAAAUCAGGGGUCAACUGAAGAUCACUAACUUAUGGGAUAUUGUUGGUUGACUGAUAAAAAAAAAUUAAGUGUAGUGUACUGGCAGUUUUCUUCACACCAUCUUGUGAAUCACUCUCUUAGAAAAAGACACCUGCCAAUGCCUGUUGGAAUUAUGUAUGUUAGGAAGUUAAAUUCAUUCCAGAUGCAUGCAGACAUAAACUAUUAGUUGCAAGGAUUUGGUCAAAAGAACGAGGCUGUCUAAUGCACCCCUGCUCAGUGAAGUUUAUUAAAGCUGGGGAAACUGCAUUUGAAGCUGCUUUCUUAAUGAAGUAAAAACUUUGCAUUAUUAUAAAAUUGUUGUUUGUUACAGGAUUUAUAUAACUAGUCUCUUAGAACAAGAUUAGAAUCACACACACCCACACACACACCCCAACCCUCUUUCUUGGGAAUAUGCAAUAUGAAAUAAAUAUUGUCAUUUAUAUCGUUCCGUAGCAGUGUACAUUAAUGGCCUUUGUAAGUGCUAUAAUUGUGUUUAUCUAGGAAGCAAGUUUGCUUCCACGUUAGCAUUUCACAAAUAAACCUUUAAAAAGAUACAGCACAAAGUGCAAUUUGGAACUUGGCAAUUUGAGCCUCUUUGCCACAGUCACUUUUCAUUUUCAAUAAAUAUGAUUUUUAAAAAGGAGUUUAUAUUGCAAAUUCUGAAUGGAACUAGAAUCUUGAACAAACAAAUAAAUUGCUAUUAGGAGAAUCAAAGGCUUCUUACAUUUACUGAAAUGUGCAAUAUUACAAAGAUCUCUCUUCAAAAACACAGUGUGAGGGAACCUUUAACUGUCCUCACUCUUACAGUAAUUUUCCAAUGUACCAUAGUCCCCAAAUAUUUGAAGCCUUUCAUUUGAUGUAUGAAGUUAUUUAUAGAUGCAGCAAAUGCCAACUCUUUGCUUUUAUAAAUAUUGAAGCAGAUACUAGAACAAUGUUGCCAAACAGCACUGUUUAUGCAAUAAGCCACUGGCUUGUUUGGUUAGAAAACAGCUGUAAGGAAGAAGAAAAAACACUUCAGUUGUUUUAUUGUGUUUCUGUUUUUAUCUUCUGGGUUAUCAACUGACCAUAUUGGCUGGUGACCUUGGUUGGCAUUAUGUUGGCACUAAGUUACAGAAAGAAAGUAAUAAAAAGCACAAACUGUUAUCAUUGCUGUUUUUAUAUAUUUAAGCUGCUGGCUAACAUUUUUUGUAGUUCAUUUUGCUUUCAAAAAAUUAACAAGAAGAACUUUUAACCCCACCCCUUUUAGCUGGAUGAAAAUAUGGAGGUAUGCAAGGGCUUUCAUCAGAGACAUAGCUUUCUUUCAUAUCACUUGUGAUGGCUCCUCCUCAUGGCCAAUAUGUGUUUUUUACAUCAUCUGAAUAGGUGCAAUGUAAGGUGUUUUGACUUCUCAUGCCUCUUUCUUUAUAAAAAGCACUUAUUGGGAACCCUGAUCUGGAUUAGGACUCUGGGAGAAGAGUUAAUUCUUCUCUCAUCCCUACAGAAGCUGAGUGGGGUAGGGUGUACUUUCAACAAGAAAAUAGUGUGAGCAAAAGCAGGAUUAACUCUUCCUUUCCCCUGUGCCAUUCCCGAUCCAAAUCGAGGGAGGUUUUUCAAAUUAUUUUUUUUAUUAUUUUUGAGAACUAUGGCCAGUCCCUAAACACCCUAUUCUAAGCAUACUAUUAAUGUAGCAUAUAGCUUUAGUUCUUACUAGAUUGCUUUCUUAACUUGAAUCAGAAAACAGGACUUUGGGGUUUUGUCAUACAGCAAUCUGGCCCUUGAAUAACAAAAUCAGAUUCUCUACUAACCACAAUAAUUAUAUUCCUUUUGUCAGUCAAAUAAACAAAGAGAGAUACCUAAAUCCGACUUCACUCUGAAUAAUUACCGUAAAUGGACAAGAGAUCCUUUUUGAGCACAAGAAGGCCAAUAAACCCUGAAGCAGAAAACCAUACUUUUAAAGUUUGCCACUUCUUAGUUUUAGAAAAUAUUUGUUCUGAUAACUUUGGGGUUUUCUUUGUGGCCUUGUGUUACUUUUCUUCUGAGCUCAGUUAUCUGCAUGCACGUCCACCAGCGCCUGUUUUCUUGAAACCUAAGGCAGAAACUGGUUGAACUCUUGCCCAGACGUGGCUCUUUUCUCUCCUCAGAUGUUAAAACGUUAGAUCUUGAAACACUGAAAAAUGUGCAGAAGGUCAGAGUGUACAUAGCUAAAAGUUACAUCCCUCCUUCCCUUUACAGCCGGCAACAUGUUAGGCAGCAUUUGUAAGCAAAAGAACUUUUCUUGUGUUCAGAAGAAAGUUAUCAACAAGAAAGAAAGCAAAAGUAAAGGAGAUCUAGAUGGCUUUAAAUGACCUUACAGUUUUAAAACUCAUCAUGCAGCAAUUGAUACGAUAAGAUAAGCAUGAACAACAUGUUCACUUUUUAGGGUGCAUGUUCCAAAAUGUUCAUCUUGGAUCAAAAGUAUUUGCUGCGUUAUAUGCAGAAAACUACCGUCUUGCUGGCAUGCAAAAUGUACUUGCUUCAGGCAGCAGUCUUUCUGAAGCCAUUCCUUCUUCCCCCAUUUUUUGGUGACAAAUAGGCCUGCUUGCAUAUGUGCGCUUGGAAGAAAGGUACAGCCAGUCCCAGCUUUAGCUUUCAUGGGUUUGUAAGCCUACUGCCAUCAUACACACGCUGGAUUGCAUCCGAAGUUUCCCUUCUUCCAAUGGAAGGCAUUUUCCUCUAAAGGAAGGGAGCCUUUGGAUGCUACCCAUUCCAAUGUGUGAAGAGGCCCUAAACUUUUUCAUUAAAAUCUUAUGUGCGAAACCUCCUUCAAUAGUGAUUGAUCGUUAUUAACUCCAAACCAUUAACCUUGGUGCAGGGUCCAGAAUGCUAUGGAAUCCUAGCCCAUCACCCCUUGCAUCUUCAUUCAAAAUAUAUUCCUGUAGGAAUUUUGGGAUUGAUUUCUGCAGAUAGUCACUUGAGGUAGGUCAGGCCACAUGUUGUGAAAGUAGAAAAGGUUAUGUCAAAGGAGUCAGCAAAGUUUUUUUAAACCUUUUAUAUAUGGUCUCCAGGAAAUGUAAUGUUUUGGUUUGACACUAGCUUCCUAAAUCUUGGGAUUUGAAGAUCUGCUUGGAGGCACAGCCCAAGGGGCUUGUGGACACUGAGUCAGGCCACUUCGUUGUUCAGUUAGACACCCAGAUUGUAUCGCAGUUUGCUGUCAAAACUUUCAUUUUGACAAGUAGUUUGUUCAGCAGGGGAGGCUGCAGUUUGAUAAGCACAAGAUCCAUUAAGCGAAUGGAACUGGUCUUGUAGGUUUGUUUGUUUUUUAAUCCUGGCCUGUAUUUCCAAAUACAUAAUCUGGAUACAUAUAUUAAAGACCCUUAACCUAAAUAUUCUGGAUUGCUUAUGGGAAAUGCAUAAAUAAAUAUAGAAUCGGCAUGGAAAAUAAUAUUGGAAGAAAACUGCAUAACUUGAUGAAAAUAUGAUGUGCAGCUACCCUUCUAUGCCCUCAACAGUUAAUCUUAGGUUUACAAAAGAUUCCCUUAUGCAGAGGAAUUGUCCAGCUAAGGUAACUGUUUCUUUAAAUAGAACUUUGGGGCCUUGCAUCAUACAAUCAACUAUGUAUGUUCUGCAGAACCUGCAUAAAAUACAAUUUGACAAAAAGGGUGGAUAAAAUGUGCAAGACAGCUAAACCAUGUGAUAGGUUUAUCACUAGGAAGUGGGGACCAGCCGAACUCCUGUAAUUACUGGCAGGUUUGUAUCUUUUGGUGUUAUUUUAGCUCUGAUUGCAAAAUACAGACUUCCUCGUUCUGCAGAAAUAGGGCGCCGAGUACAUCAAGGGAAGACGGAGAAGCCCUCUAGCAAUGCCAUUAACAAUCCAAACCAAGGGGAGCUGUGUGUAAGAAAAACAACUUUCUAAAGCAAGAAAAGGAGGCCAAUGCUGUGAUUAGUUUACAGAAGGAAGGUACAUCUUCAAAGUGAGAAAUGUAAGAGCCAGAAGAAACAUAUCAGAGUAGCUGAUCUCAAAUGUAUCAAGGAAUAGCACAUGAAAUUAUUCUUUUUUGGGGGAGGGGAGUAUUCAUAGAAGUACAAGGCAGAAAAGAAAGGAAAAAACAGGCUUCUAGCUGUAUAGACAAGCAGGAUAAUAAAGAUUUUUAUGUACAGUCAAAUCCUGCCCGUAUGUUAUCCCACGGCUGGUCUUAGGGGAAUACCAGGAACAUUUUAGUGGUUUAACUCUGUGCCAUCUGCAGCAGACCUUCUUUCACCAUCACUUUCUUUCACAAAGAUUGGUGACUCAUGCCUGUGCUUAUUAGAACGGAGUCCUUUCUCUCUUUGAUGCUAAAGCGAUUGCAAGGUCACAUGACUAGGCAAGGAGGAUUACCCCCCCCAUGGUUGAUUUGACAGCCCAGAACUAGGUUUACUAAUUUUUAGCUGUUCCCAUGAAGUUGAGUAAGGUAAUAGGGGCUCAUUGUCAAACCAGAGUAGAAGAAUUUUAGAUAUAUUGAGUAGACGCUGCAAUUGUUUACAGCUUUUUACAUAUAUGUAUUUUGGUGUGGCUUUGAGUCUUUUUCUCUCCUUUUUUUUUUUUUUUUUUAGUUAGUUAGUGCCAAUAUAUGCACCAGCAGGUUUAAUAUCAGGUAAAGCACCUUUUAUGCUCUUUUGUUGUCUAAAAAUAAUAUAUUUGUGAAACACAUUGAUAAUACAUAACACUGGAAAGGGUUGCAUCUUCCCAAAAAGUACAGGUGCUUUAAAAAAAGGGAGGAAAGGGAAGCUUUCCUGGCUUUUAACAAGAGUCAAAAUGAUAGCUUAUGUAUACUUAUUAGUUACCUGUUCUUUGUAAUUUUAACAGAUCUACAUUUUAUCUUUUAUUUAUUUGCCUUUUUUAUAUUCCUAUUUGAACUGAAGUUAACCUUAUUUCACUUUCCCAGCCUGUUUUGUUUAUAUAAAAAAAGGGAUCUUCUGUGUUCUUAGAAAAUCUGCAAAUAGUUUUGAAUGGCCUCUUUCUCUUUGGACCAAUUACCACUAACAGGUCAGCAAGACCUUUUUUUUUUACUGUACUCUUUCAAUAAAUGUACAAUAUUUGUAUUG